CUGGCAGAGAACAGCUGACUCCAGCCGCUGCUCAUGUGACCGUCGCAGCUCCCUGUCCUGCUCCCUGUCCCAGGCCAGAGUGGACACUUUCAGGGUCUCCUUCUGGGAGGGGUACCAGCAGCGUGCCGCCGGGCGUGGACGGAUUAAUCAGUGACAGGAAGCUGCCUCUUUCGGAGCAGUGACUGCUGUAGUCAGGAGAGCCUCUGCCAGGCCAGCCCUAGGAAUCUGUCCUGCUCCCCGCCUGCUGCUUACCCCUGCUCCUGCCAUGGGGUGCCUUGGGGCCCUCCUCUUCCUGCUUGGGGGCCUGGGAGCUCUCGCCCAGAUCUGCGAAAUAACAGAGGUGGACAGCACGCUGGUGGAGAGGCUGGGCCAGCGCCUCUUGCCCUGGAUGGACCGGCUCUCCCCGGAGCAGCUGAACCCCAGUAUCUACGUGGGCCUGCGCCUCUCCAGCCUGCAGGCUGGGGCCAAGGAGGCCCACUACCUGCACAGCCUCAAGCUCAGCUACCAGCAGAGCCUCCUGAGCAAUGACAACAGUGACUCCGAGGCCAAGCCCUCCAUGGGCCAGCUGGCCCUCUACCUGCUCGCUCUCCGGGCCAACUGCGAGUUUGUUAGAGGCUGCAAGGGGGACAGCCUGGUCUCACAGCUGAAGCGAUUCCUGGAGGACGAGAAGGGGGCCAUUGGGCAUAAUCACCAGGGCCACCCUCACACCAGCUACUACCAGUACGGCCUGGGCAUCCUGGCCCUGUGUGUCCACCAGAAGCGGGUCCAUGACAGCGUGGUGGGCAAGCUCCUGUAUGCUGUGGAACACAAACAGCAUCUCCAGCAGGGCCACCUCCCUGUGGACACACUGGCCAUGGCGGGCUUGGCCUUCUCCUGUCUGAAGCUAUCCAACCUCAACCGCAAUCUGAGAAACCGGAGCACUGUGGCCCUCGGGAGAGUGCAAGAGAAGAUCCUAAAGGCCCAGACCCCAGAGGGCCACUUUGGGAAUGUCUACAGCACCCCUCUGGCACUGCAGUUGCUGAUGGCCUCCCUUAGGCCCACGGUGGAGCUGGGCACAGCAUGCCUCAAGGCCAAGGCUGCUCUGUUGGCCAGCCUACAGCACAAGGCCUUCCAGAACCCUCUCAUGAUUUCUCAGCUGCUGCCCAUCCUGAACCAGAAGAGCUAUGUGGAUCUCAUCUCUCCAGACUGUGAGGCACCAAGAGUCCUGUUGGAACCAGCUACGGAGACCCCUUCACAGACCCAAGUCCCAGAGUUCAUCCAUGUCACGCUGAAGGUCUCCAGCACCUUUCUUUCGUACAGACACUCCGUCUCUGUCCCUGUCAGCUCCUCUUUGGAAGAUGUCCUGAAGAAGGCCCAGGAGCACAGCAGAUUCACGUAUGCAACACAGGCCUCCUUGUCAGGCCCCUACCUGACCUCUGUGAUGGGGAACAAAGCUGGGGAACGUGAGUUCUGGCAACUCCUCCGAGCCCCCGACACCCCCCUGCUGCAAGGUAUUGCUGACUACAGACCCAGGGAUGGAGAAACCAUCGAGCUGAGGCUGGUUGGCUGGUAGACCCCAGGCUCACCACCCCAGCUGCCUCCCACACUUCCUGGGCUUCUGCCCUCCCUCCCGACAUCCCUGUAACAGGCACACGCCUGACCCUGCUGCCUCCUCUUGUGCACUUGUCCCCGGAUCGCCACAGCCACCACCCCUGCGGGGGUCCUAAACUACCACCCACCCUGGAGCAGGGAGCCCAGCACCUUCCGCAGCAGGUCUGUCUGCCCAGGUCUGGCCCCACCUGGCCCCGCAGGUGUCCCAUGAAGGCCACUCAUAGGCUGGAGGGCGUGAGCAUCUGACUCCUUGGCAGGAGGAGGCCACCGGCCGCUGGCGUUGUGAGUACCGCUUGCUCUGGGAUGGGGGUCCCGCAAGGAGAGCUCUGUGGCCCUGACCCUAGCUUUCCACUCUUUACUCCAUCGGGGCUGCUGCCCCAGAGCCGACUGCGGCAUAGCAGCUGGCGAGGGCUCUGCGGGGCUGCUGUCAGCCCACUUCCAAAAUGAUUAAAGAAUUGAUUGUGCACAUGC